UUGUUUCUGCCCACUAUCUACGCCAAAAUUUCAAGAGUAGUACACAACAUAUGUUGAAUGUUUCUUCGUAUUUUCGUUUCGUGGUAUUGUUAUGAUUGUUCCCACGUUCAUUUGGGGGUUGCUGGCUACAGCAGCAGCGAAUUACGUUACGAUGAGGUGGUCAUGCCAUGAGUGGGGUACUUCGAUGUAGUUCUCUUUGCAUUACUAUCACAUUCGUCGCUCAUUUUCAUUUUGUAUAUGGUUGCUGUUACUAAUCGAUAAUUCCCAAAAAAAAAAAACAAAUUUUUAUACAAGACCGACCAACUUUUCUUAUUCAUCGCUGUACAUUGUUUGUAAUUAUUUGUUAAAAAAAAAAGAAUUAAAAAUUGAUAAAUUUAUACGUAACAAAGAAGUUCAAAAGUUCGCAAUGGAAGACAAUACACCUUUAUUACCAAUAGAGGCCUUAUCCUUUGAUAUAACACCAAUUUCUGCAAGUCCAAAGGAGUCGUCGAACCCAAAGACAAAUACGGGUUUAUUAAUAACACUCGAAGAAUCAAACAACACAACAAUUGUGGAACCCGAGACUAAUACGGAUGAAUUACUAACGCUUAUAUGCGAAGAGACAGCUGACAACAAAUCUGAUGAAGAUGCAGUUGCUGGUGCUGCUGCUGUGGAAGCAUCCUGCAAUUUGGUCGAUGACAAUAUGUUAUCAGACGAUGUAACAGCUACCGUUGUUUACACGGCUGCCUCCUACGAAUCGGACAAAUUUUACGACAGUUUAUCUAAACAGAAAUUCGAAUUAGAACGAUUGGGCAUGACGGUCAGCACAAAAUCUGUGGUCGUUGUUAAAGAUGACACCAAUCUCAUAGGCAUAAGCAUUGGCGGUGGAGCACCCUUAUGUCCUUGCUUGUAUAUUGUGCAGGUUUUUGAUGGCACACCGGCAGCCCGCGGAGGUUCUCUUGAAAGUGGCGAUGAAUUGCUGGCUAUUAAUAGUACUAGUGUAAAGGGAAAAACCAAAGUACAAGUGGCUAAGAUGAUACAAGCUGCUAGUCAACAAGUAACCAUACACUACAAUAAGCUACACGCUGAUCCGGAAAGAGGAAAAUCAUUGGACAUUAUCCUAAAAAAGCUAAAGCAUCGCAUUGUUGACAAUAUGUCCAGCAAUACUGCCGAUACUUUGGGUUUAUCAAGAGCCAUACUUUGUAAUGACUCCUUGGUCAAACGCCUUGAGGAGCUGGAAGGCACGGAAAUGAUGUACAAGGGCAUGGUUGACCAUGCCCGUCGUAUGCUCAAAGCUUAUUAUGAUCUACUGCAGACGUAUCGUGCCUUUGGCGAUUGUUUUAUGAAAAUCAGCACAAGAGAACCUCAGAUGAGAGCAUCGGAAGCAUUUCGCAUCUUUGGGGAGUUUCAUCGCAAUUUAGAGAAGGACGGUCUGAGCAUUAUUAAAAAAAUUAAACCCAUACUGGAUGACUUGGGGACGUAUCUGCACAAAGCUAUACCAGAUACAAAGUUAACAGUUAAACGCUACAUGGAUGCCAAAUUUACCUAUUUAUCCUAUUGUUUAAAAGUCAAAGAAAUGGAUGACGAAGAGCAUGGCUUCGCCUCAAUACAAGAGCCUCUCUAUCGCGUUGAAACAGGAAAUUAUGAAUAUCGUUUGAUUUUACGAUGCCGUCAGGAUGCUCGGGCAAAGUUUGCUAAACUGAGAACAGACGUUUUGGAAAAAAUGGAACUUCUGGAAUGUAAACAUGCAAAUGAUUUGACCAAGCAAUUGCGUAGUCUUUUAGACUGUAUGGCUGAACUUAAUAGAUCUAUAGUGGAACGUAUGGAGGCUUUACCCCACCUAUUUCCAAUCGAGGUUGAUUUUAAAGAAACAGAUUUUCAAUACAAAUCAAAAAUUCUGGAACCCCAAAAAAUGGACGAUGAAGAAGAGGAAGCAGCACAACAACAAAUGCAGGGAAAGAAUAAAUCAUCCAAUAAUAAUGGAGACGUCGUAUGUGGUUUGGAAGCUGUAGAGACGCCAGCUCAAAUAAUAAAUGUUCCAUCCAAUGCUCAGGAACAAGAAGCUCUAUUACUAACAGACAAUACAAAAGACAGUCUUCUGUCAGCCGAAAACCCGUCUUCAAUUAAAAACGAAAAACUAUUAAAAGAUUUAGGCCUCUUAGGUAUCGAUUUAAGUACUUCUCUUUCACACCUUUCUCUAGACAACAAACAAAAUGCCACUUCUUCCAAUGGUGCUCAUGAUUUUGAUUUAUUUAUUAACCAGAAGGCUACGACAUCUGUGGAUAGUAAGAAUCAAUUGGAAAAGGAUCUAAUGGCCUGUAAUGCUUUUGAAACAGAUUUGUUGUUGCAAUAAAACGUUAAAGUGUAUGACAAAAAUCAAAAAUGAGUACCAGGAAAGAUACCUUCUGUCAUCUAUGAUGAUUCUAUACAAUUCGUCCUCAAUCACGAAAAGAACGAGUAGCUAGCAAAGAAACCACUAUAAUUAAACAAAAAAAUGAAUGUUUGAAUAAAGGAACGCAUGGCAUGACUUAAGUAAUUCUCCGGCUUGAGUUUCUACAGACGUUUUCGAACUAUGUACAUAAAUAUAGUGUCUACAUACUGGUUUAAUUUAUAUACAGCAAACAUUCGAUGUGUUAAUAAAGUAUACAAUAUA